CGUGGCCGACUGUAGAUCAGACAACCCAAGAUGUUCUGCUCAAAUUCGUGGACAAUCGCCGCUCCUUUACUCCUGAUGGCAUCAGCUCUGGUGGCUCCGGCCCAGGCCAUUGUGAGACCAUUGCCACCCUAUGUGGGUCUGCCCACCCAGGACAGCCUAACCCGCCUCUUCUUCAACUCCCGCGUCACUCGUCGCGAUCCCACGACCUCGGUGGCCUGCUUUGCCGGCUACAUCGGAGAAUCGAAUCUGAUUGGAGAAAAGUACAGUGGCGACUAUGCCGAUUGCCUCAAAAAGGCACAGCUGGCGCGGAAGGGCAUCGACAAUGAUUUCCUGCCCACACGUCGCAAGAUCGAUAGCACCGCGGAGCGUGUGUGUGAGGCCUUGAGUGCUUGCAGUCGCGUCAACGGCACCCUCGACUCCUUCAACUGCCAUGCCAGUGUGGGCUCCAACAACACCAUCGCCACCUAUACCAUCUCUGGCAAUGCGUCGGAGUCUGCGACUUUGCUGCAGGAGCGCUAUCGCGUCAUCGACUUGCAGCACGAACAAUGCAUGCAUACGGCCGAGAGGAGGUAUGUGGAAGCCACAGCCGGCAACUACAACUACCUGCAGGCCUGUCUAGAUGGGCGCGUGAAGCCCAAACCCAUACCGGAGAGUACCUCCUCGACCACAACCACAACUACAACAACGACCACAACAACAACAACAGAGGCGCCAACCACCGAGGAGCCAACAUCGACGUCGCAGCCCAUCAAUAUUCAGGAUCAGUUCAAGCAGCUUUUAAACUUGUUAAACUAAUGUCGACCAAAGUGCAGACCCUGUACGAACGACUGCAAAGGCGUCGACGAGGCUAGCAAGUGCAAAACAUCCGCACAGCUAUAGUUGCCAAAUAAACGAAUAGAUAUGUAUGUGCGAGUGAGUCCGGUCAAGUGCAGGGGUAGACCCCAAAAAAUAUUCAGCGUUUUAAGCCAUUUUAAGUGUGUACUCGUGUAUUGAAAUCCAAACCGGUAACGAAAACAACCCCAA